AUGCCUUCAUUGCAAAAGGAAGCCAAUACAGUGCAACACUCUGGUGCCUUUGACCCUAAUUGGAAAGAUGGUAUCUUGAAAAUGUAUCAAUCAAAGCUCCCAGACGAUUACACCAAGGAUGACCUUUCAGAGGAUCUCAAGAACGAAGGGGUAUUAAGAGUGUUGACAAGAAUGCGCUUUAGUCUUAGUAAAAGAAACGCAUUUGUUUUAUUUUUUGAGUACUUGAUGUAUUUAGAAAUGACGUACAAUGACAUGAUGGACUACCUGAAGAAGUGGUUUUAUGGCAUAGCGAAAGACAAUAUUUUGCCUGAUGAGUACAAGUUACAGUGGUGGGAAGAAUGCAAAGCGGAACUUCUGCGUGACCUGCAAUGCAUCCAUGAGGAGUGUGAAAAUUCCUUCAGCAACUUUCUUGAUAAAAGCAAAGGGAAAAAUGUAUGGCUAAAUUCAUUCGACCAUCUGUUAAUUCGCUUGAACAAAGAAGCGCAUGAUAGUAUUUCCCAAAACAGGAACCAGGGUGUGAGUAUUUUAACCGAGAGAAUGGACAGGUACAAUGGAGGCGCAACAGGGAAGCCUAGUACUCAAGGAAAAGAAAAGACAGACGUAGGAACAAACAAGGGAACAAAAGAGCAGAAAAAGGAAAAGGAAAAGAAAGAAAAAGAAAAAGCAACAGAACAAGACAAGGAAAAGAAAGGCAAAAAAUGA